CACCACAGCAACAGCCUCCCUCCUUCCUCCUCCUCCUCAGCAGCAGCAGCAGCACCAUCCUCAUCCUCCGAAGAGCGAGAGGCGCGUCUGUGAACUUUUCCCACCAAAGCCAAGCGUCCCCCAUAAGAUGGAGGACGGCUACCAGAACCGGACAGCCUUCAUCAAAGGCGCCAAAGACAUCGCCAAAGAAGUUAAGCGGCAGGCGUCCAAGAAGGUUGCCCGCAGCGUCGACCGCGUCAACGACGAGUACAGCCGCCGCUCCUACAGCCGCUUCGAGGAGGACGACGACGACGACUACCCGGCGCAGGACGGCGGCGGCGGGGGCGGCGGCUACUACCGCGGCGACAGCCAGGCGGCCAACGACGACGACGAGGGCGGGCGCAGCGACUCCACCGAGGGCCACGACGAGGACGACGAGAUCUACGAGGGCGAGUACCAGGGCAUCCCCCGGGCCGAGUCGGGCAAGGGCAGCCUGGCCGGCGGGCCCGGCUCGGUCCCGCAGCCGUUCCGAGACGUGGCGGCGUCCGAGGCGGAGAGGCGGAAAGACCAGGAGGAGCUGGCGCAGCAGUACGAGAGCAUCCUGCAGGAGUGCGGCCACGGAAAGUUCCAGUGGACGCUCUACUUCGUGCUGGGCUUGGCGCUCAUGGCCGACGGCGUGGAGAUCUUCGUGGUGGGCUUCGUCCUGCCCAGCGCCGAGAGGGACAUGUGUCUGUCGGAGCCCAACAAGAGCAUGCUGGGUCUGAUCGUGUACUUCGGGAUGAUGGUGGGGGCGUUCCUGUGGGGCGCCAUGGCCGACCGGAUCGGGCGCCGCCAGUCUCUCCUCAUCUCGCUGUCCAUCAACAGCAUCUUCUCCUUCUUCUCUUCCUUCGUGCAGGGAUACAGCACCUUCCUCUUCUGCAGGCUCCUCUCGGGCGUCGGGAUCGGAGGCUCCAUUCCCAUCGUGUUCUCGUACUACUCGGAGUUCCUGUCGCAGGAGAAGCGAGGCGAGCACCUCAGCUGGCUCUGCAUGUUCUGGAUGAUCGGCGGCAUCUACGCCUCGGCCAUGGCGUGGGCCAUCAUCCCCCAUUACGGAUGGAGUUUCCAAAUGGGCUCGGCCUACCAGUUCCACAGCUGGCGCGUCUUCGUGCUGGUGUGCGCCUUCCCCUCGGUGGCCGCCAUCGCCGCCCUCAACGCCGUGCCCGAGAGCCCCCGCUUCUACCUGGAGAACGGCAAACACGACGAAGGCUGGAUGAUCCUCAAGCAAGUCCACGACACCAACAUGCGAGCCAAGGGACACCCGGAAAAAGUCUUCACCGUGACCACCAUCAAGACGGUGAAGCAGAUGGACGAGCUGGCGGACAGCGGCACCGACACGCCCGUCUGGCAGCGCUACCGCCUCAAGAUCACGAGCCUCUCCCGGCAGAUCCGGAAUAACGUUCUGGCCUGCUUCAGCCCGGAAUACAAGCGGACCACUUUCAUGCUCAUGGCUGUUUGGUUCACCAUGUCAUUCAGCUACUACGGCCUGACUGUUUGGUUCCCGGACAUGAUCAAGUACAUCCAGAAGCAGGAGUACGAGUCGCACACCAAGACCUACAGCAAGGAACGCGUGGAGCACGUCACUUUCAACUUCACGCUGGAGAACCAGGUGCACCGUCAAGGCUACUACUUCAACGACAAGUUCCUCAGCAUGAAGAUGAAGUCGAUGGUGUUCGAGGACUCGGUGUUCGAGGAGUGCUACUUCGAGGACAUCACGUCCACGCACACCGUCUUCCGCAACUGCACCUUCAUCGCGAGCUUGUUUUACAACACAGACUUGUUCAAGUACAGGCUUGUGGACUCCAAGCUGGUGAACAGCACGUUCCUGCACAACAAGGAGGGCUGCAUGCUGGACUUCAGCGACGACUUCAACAACGCCUACAUGAUCUACUUCGUCAACUUCCUGGGAACGCUGGCCGUGUUGCCCGGCAACAUCGUGUCCGCUCUGCUCAUGGACAAAAUCGGCCGUUUGAGAAUGCUGGCGGGGUCCAGCGUCAUCUCGUGCGUCAGCUGCUUCUUCCUGAUGUUCGGCAACAGCGAGUCGGGCAUGAUCGCCCUCCUGUGUCUCUUCGGCGGCAUCAGCAUCGCCUCCUGGAACGCCCUGGACGUCAUCACCGUGGAGCUCUACCCGUCUGAUAAAAGGACCACAGCCUUCGGCUUCCUGAACGCCCUGUGCAAGCUCGCAGCCGUGCUGGGCAUCAGCAUCUUCCAGUCUUUCGUGGGCAUCACCAAGGCCGUGCCCAUCCUGUUUGCCGCCGGCGCACUGGCCGCAGGUAGCUUCCUCGCCACAAAGUUGCCCGAAACUCGAGGCCAGGUGCUGCAGUAGUAACCCGUAGCACCGGCGGGGUGGGGGCGGCGCCUGGCCAGCCGGGCGGUGCGGGGCAGAGUCCGAGCGCCGUCUGUUACAGACUACAUCGCCAUUUUUUGGGGAAGUCCCAGAAUCCUCCGCAAUGUGGAUGAUAUCAUCUUCUUUGGGGGGAUGCGUAAUGACCUUUGGGGACUCCCAUUUGUUUUAUGGUGCAGGCGAUUCUGUCGGUGUGUUGCAUGUGUGUGUGUGGGUGUGUGUGUAUGGGGGGGUCGAAACUUGUGUCAUUCCAUGACUUUUUCUUAACUCAAAAUACAGCCGAUUGGUUCUGAAGAGCAGAAUGUACAGAGAGUAGGCAGAGUUUACAUCAUUGAGGGAAAAAAAACACAUCAGCUCACAAGUUCAGGAGUGUGCUUUCAUUUAUCAUUUGAGAGCACCAGUGGAUUUGCACAAAAUGGUUGCUUCGAUCCAAAACGGCUGACUUCCACUUCAAUUUCAGACAUGCGUCGUCGAAACUUUGUUGUGUGUCCUGUCGUGAUAGAAGUGUCCGCCGAAUUUCGUGUCGAUCGGUGUAACUGGGGUUGGGAGCUAAUUUUUUCUAACCUUCCAGGAGGCACUAAUGACUCAAUUUUGGGGUGCAGCAUUCGGGAUACAAGCACCUUUUGAUGGCCUCAACAUACCUUAAAAAAAAAAAAAAAAAAAAAGACAUUUUCGCAAGCAUCUUGGUGAAAAGUUGCGAUUAAGGGGUUCGCAAUACGGCCCCACUAAAAUUACUCAGUAGCUCCCCCUGGCAACUUCCUGGGUCCUUUUUCAUGCAUCCUGUCAUAAUAGACAUGUCUGCCAGAUUUCAUGUACAUCGAUGAAACUAGUAUCGGGGGCUACUUUUUUCCAAACUGUUUGCUUAUUAUAGUGGUUCCCAAUACAACCCCCCUAAAUUCACUCACGACCAACCCCUAGAAAAUUAGAAGAAGAAGAAGAAGAAGAAGAAUACAUUUAGAAUACAUUUGUCCCCGACAACAGUUUUACCGAUCGACACGGCAUUUGGCAGACUUGUCCAUGGUAACAGGACGCACGAAAAAAUGUGAGGGACCCAUGACAGAAAUUCAACAAGUCGGCCAUUUUGAUUUGAAGCAGCCAUUUUUUUGGGACAAAAUCCAGGGCUCGAAAUUUUGUGAACUCCUCCGAGGGAAUCCCCAACUGAUUGUCCUCACCUCUGUUUUGCUUAUUUCUCAAAUAUGACACUCAUAAGCACUAAAAAAGACCCUAAAAAAUAUUGCUGCAUGAGAAUGACUGAUUACAUAAAUGAUAAUAAGGCUCAAUAUGUGACAAAAAAAAAAUCACUAAAACUAAGAAAAUGAUCAUUAUUGUUUCCCCAAAAGUUAACAUCCAGUUUGUGUGCAGACAAUCAACGAGUGAAGAUUUAAUUUUGCAUGCAUCCUUGUAGCUACACUCUUAUUUGUUGCGCCUUGCCUAAACAUCAGUUAGCCUAUCUUAGCUUAGCAUAAACGGUAGGAAAAUAGCUAGCUUGCAUAAUUGUUUUAAAAUCCCAAAAACAUCACGUUAUGUCUAUAUUUGAAGUUAUUAAACAUUUUUCAUUUAAAUCACUUUUUUAACUGCUAAGUUUCAGCAUUUAUUAAAUUGUCCAGUUUUUGUAUAUUUCUUGACAACCCAAGCUAGCUGCUACCGUUUUUUUCUUCUUCUUCUGCUAAGCCAGGCUAACAGCUUGAUUGAGAGAAAUUCCAUUUCUCCCAGAAAAAUAAAUAACACACAAAAGUCUGUUUACAUUAUUGAACUGCAGCUUAGCAGUUAGCCUAGCAUUAAAAAAAAAUCAAUAUCUGUGGACAACAGCUUGGUUUAAAUGAAAGAAAACAAAAGACAACUUACAUGUGCUUACAUUUUCAAAAGAUGUGAGAAAAUAACUGUCAUUGAACCCACCAUGGAAAUUUCAACAUAUUUGACGACUGACAUUUCCUGUUUGGGUUUUUUAUGCUAAGCUAACAACUCAAAAUGAGAGUACCUUCCCCCCAAAAACACUGUAAUGUGACCAGUUUUGUCUACGUUUGAGAGCCAGUUUGCACAAAAGUAAGUGUGUUUACUUUACUAAUGUACAACUGUACAUAAACGUUAAGUAAAUAUUGGUGGAAAACAAUGACCUUUAAGUUUAAAAAUACAAAUAAAAAUAAAAAAGCACAAAAAAUGCAGUUGUGCCUAUACUUUCAAAAGAUGUGAGAAAAUAAUUGAACCCACCAUGGGGAAACUGAUUUGACUGUUAGCAAUCCAGGCUAACUGUUUCCUAUUAUGUUUUGGUUUUAAUGCUAAGCUAAGCUAACAACUCAAAUGAGAGCAUUUCCACCCCUCAAAAACCAAUAUUGUCCACGUUUGAGAGAAACCAGUGUGUUAGUGUUCAAAACUUUUUUUUCGACUAUCCUAGAGAAAGAGAGGGAGCACCACCUCACAUAUAUGCAGUGUUGCAUUGAACAUAAUAGACCUGGGUGCUCUUUUUGCGGGUACAUUUUUUUCCCCAAUGACUUUGGAAACAAAACAAAAAAAAGAGGUUUAAAAAAAAAAAAAAAAAAAAAGGGACGACUCAA